AUGGGCGAGCAUAAUCUCCUUAAUCCAGGGUUUGUGGGACCUUUGGUAAACAUCCACACUGGAGACACAUUUUACUUUCCGAAUUUUAGAGCCUCAGGGGGACAACUGGCGGGGCUACCGUCUCUCUCGUACCCGAGAAGGGACAAUGUUUGCUCCCUCCCGUGGAAUCCUUCGGAGCCGUGCAAUGGAUAUUCUCAAUCCUACUUUAGCAGCACCGUGUCUAUUAACCCUCCCUUCAACCGGUCGUGUGAAAUUACCAGACCAGAAGACGGUAAAUGUUAUUACAACAACGGCAGCGGGAGCAGGGAGACCUGCUCAGGUGGCAGCAGCCUCAAGCGAGAGGAUAGGGCGAGAGACACAUCAUCAUCCCUAACAUCUGACCACGGGAUGCACAUUGGAAUUGGCAGCAGCGCCGCCUUUUCCAAAUAUGAUUACGGGACCGAGCAGCUGGCGCAAGACCCGCCGUCCUGCCAGUCAAUGGAGUCCGACUCCAGCUCGUCUCUGCUCAACGAGGGCAGCAAGCCUCCAUCCAGCGACACACAGACCCUGGUGUCACCGGGAAGCCAUUCAAGCAACAUAGCCUCGGGCGGAGGUGCCCCGUGGUACCCGAUGCACACCCGGACCAGGAAGAAGCGCAAACCUUAUUCCAAACUUCAGCUGGCCGAGCUGGAGGGUGAAUUCAUGCUGAACGAGUUCAUCACCAGGCAGCGGCGGAGGGAGCUCUCGGAUCGUCUGAACCUCAGCGACCAACAAGUCAAGAUCUGGUUCCAGAACCGCAGGAUGAAGAAGAAGAGACUCAUGCUGAGGGAGCAAGCUCUGGCCUACUUUUAG